CGGGAAACAGUACUAGCAAGAAGUUGAAAAGCUUUGCCAUCUCUAUUUCACCCCAGCCCGCCCUCGCCCACUACAGGAGGGCACACCACCAUGCCAUCUUCCGACGUCGAAGCCGCCGCGGCCGAUGAUGGCAAGCAAACCGUCGGCGCCGGCGCCGCCACCGCAAUCGAACCCAAAGGGACGUGGUGGCAGGCCGGGUUCCACAUGACGACGGCGACCCUGGGCCCGGCGUCGCUGUCGCUGCCGUACGCGCUCCGGGGGCUCGGCUGGGCAAUGGGCCUCGCCGCGCUCACCGCCGUCGCCGCCGUCACCUUCUACGCCUACUUCCUCGUGUCACGGGUGCUCGAUCGCUGCGAGGCCACCGGCCGCCGCCACGCCCGCUUCCGCGACCUCGCCGCCGACGUCCUCGGAUCUAGAUGGGCGACCUGCUUGGUGGUGACCGUGCAGGUGGCGAUCAACGUCGGGAUUAGCAUUGGUAGCAUCCUGCUUGCCGCCGACUGCCUCGAAUUAACAUACUCGAGGCACGCACCGAACGGCUCCCUGAAGCUUUACCAUUUCGUGAUCAUGGUGGCCGUGGUCCUGGCCGUCCUCUCGCAGCUGCCGUCGCUGCACUCGCUGCGGCACAUCAACGUCGGCUCGAUGGUCAUCAGCAUCGGCUACACCAUGCUUGUAUCGGCCGCCUGCAUCUGCGCAGGCUUGUCGAGGGAUGCUCCGGCGAAGGACUACUCGCUGAGCACGUCCAGGUCGGAGAAGACGUUCACCGCGUUCCUCUCCGUCUCCAUCCUCACCUCCGUCUUCGGAAACAGCAUCCUGCCGGAGAUCCAGGCCACGCUGGCGCCGCCGGCGGGAGGGAAGAUGACCAGGGCGCUGGUGCUGUCCUAUUCGGUGUUCGUGCUCGCCUUCUACUCCCCGGCCGUCGCCGGCUACUGGGCGUUCGGCAACCAGGUGCGAUCCAACGUGAUGCAGAGCCUCUUGCCGGCGGACACGGGCUCCUCCCUCGCCCCGCCGUGGAUGCUCGGCCUCGCCGUCGUCCUCAUCCUCCUCCAGCUCAUCGCCAUCGCCCUGGUGUACUUGCAGGUGACGUACGAGAUGAUGGAGAAGAACCUCUUCUCCAACAAGUCCAAGGGACGGAGGCUGCUGCUGGCGCCGCGGGUGGCGCUGCGGGCGGCGUACGUGGCGGCGCUGGCGUUCGUGGCGGCGAUGCUGCCGUUCUUCGGCGAGAUCCAGGGCGUCGUGGGCUCGGUGGGGUACAUCCCGCUCGACGUCGUCAUCCCCGUCGUCAUGUACAACAUGGCGCUCGCGCCGCGCCGGCGGUCUCCGGCGUACGUCGCGAACGUGGCCAUCAUGGUCGCCUUCGUCGGCCUCGGGGUCAUCGGCGCGGUAGCCUCGGUGAGGAAGCUCGUGCUCAACGCCGACAAGUUCAAGCUGUUCAGCAACGGGCGCUCGUAGCCUGCACCGGCUAUAUGGAGGGCAAUUCAGCAAAGGAAAACAGAUACUAGAGUCAAGUUUUUAGUUUGCUAUAUCUCCAUGUGGUUGUAUUGGUGAUAUGUAUGACUGGAGGAAACCUUGCAAAUGAUCGUAUAACUUUA